AUGGCUUCUAGUAAUAGUUCCUUGAGAACAGCAGCUCCUUACUGCACUCUGCAGCUCGCAGAAGAGGUGGCUCCCAGGGGCUGCAACCGCAGUUACUACAAAAAAACUGGGAGCAGGGGAGAGGGACGGUGCAAGGCUAAAGUAAAAUCUAGCCCAGACCUGUGGACAGCAGUUGUACCUGAUUCCAAAUCUGGCAGUAACUGGGUCACGUGUGCCAAUUUAACGAACAGUGGAAAAUCAGAACUUCUGAAAUCAGGAAGCAGCAAAUCCACACUAAAGCACAUAUGGACAGAAAGCAGCAAAGACUUGUCUAUUAGCCGACUCCUGUCACAGACUUUUCGCGGCAAAGAAAAUGAUACAGAUUUGGACCUGCGAUAUGACACCCCGGAACCUUAUUCUGAGCAAGACCUCUGGGACUGGCUGAGGAACUCCACAGAUGUUCAAGAGCCUCGGCCCAGGGCCAAGAGAAGGCCCAUUGUGAAGACGGGCAAGUUUAAGAAGAUGUUUGGAUGGGGUGAUUUUCAUUCCAACAUCAAAACAGUGAAGCUGAACCUGUUGAUAACUGGGAAAAUUGUAGAUCACGGCAACGGGACAUUUAGUGUUUAUUUCAGGCAUAAUUCCACUGGUCAAGGGAAUGUAUCUGUCAGCUUGGUACCCCCUACAAAAAUCGUGGAGUUCGACUUGGCACAACAAACUGUGAUUGAUGCCAAAGAUUCCAAGUCCUUUAACUGUCGCAUUGAAUAUGAAAAGGUUGACAAGGCUACCAAGAACACACUCUGCAACUAUGACCCUUCAAAAACCUGUUACCAGGAGCAGACCCAAAGUCAUGUAUCCUGGCUCUGCUCCAAGCCGUUUAAGGUGAUCUGUAUUUACAUUUCCUUUUAUAGCACAGAUUAUAAACUAGUACAGAAAGUGUGCCCCGACUACAACUAUCACAGCGACACACCUUACUUCCCCUCGGGAUGA